CCUAUUGGGUCAACGCGGGAAGCUCCAAGAUGGCGGCAGUGGCGACCUGUGGCACCGGCGCUGGGAGUACUGGAUCUGUAGUGGCUACAACCAGCGAGAACAACGUCACCAGUUUCCAGAGGAAGGGUCCUAGAGCAAGCGGUACCGACAGCGGCUGUUCUCGACUGGUGUCCAUCGCGGGCACACGACCGUCGGUGCGGAAUGGACAGCUGCUGGUAUCUACCGGGCUCCCAGCCCUGGACCAGCUCCUAGGUGGAGGUUUGGCUGUUGGAACAGUUCUUCUAAUUGAAGAGGAUAAAUAUAAUAUUUAUUCUUCUUUGCUCUUCAAGUAUUUCCUGGCAGAAGGAAUCAUCAAUGGUCAUACUUUGUUGGUUGCGUCUGCAAAAGAAGACCCUGCUGAUAUUUUACAGGAACUUCCUGCACCAUUACUUGAUGAUAAUUAUAAAAAAGACUUAGAUGAAGAUAUAUGUAAUCAUCAAACACCAGACUCUAACAUUAAGAUGAAAAUAGCUUGGCGUUACCAGUUAUUACCCAAGAUGGAGUCUGGACCAGUAUCUUCUUCAAGAUUUGGGCACUAUUAUGAUGCAUCAAAAAGGAUGCCACGUGAACUAAUUGAGACUUCAAAAUGGCAUGGAUUUUUUUUUCCAGAAAAAUUAUCUUCAACUCUUAAUAAAGAACCAUGUUCUUUGACCCAUGGCUACAGAAGGCUGCUUCAGUUUAUCCAGAAAGUCAUAUAUGAGGAAGGAUUUGAUGGCUCCAAUCCCCAGAAAAAACAGAAAAACAUUUUAAGAAUAGGAAUCCAGAAUCUUGGUUCACCUUUGUGGGGAGAUGACAUUUGCUGUACAGAAAACUGUGACAACAGCCACAGCCUUACGAAGUUCCUGUAUGUUCUCCGUGGUCUUCUACGAACCUCUCUUUCAGCCUGUAUCAUCACAAUGCCAACACAUCUUAUCCAGAAUAAAGCAAUUAUUGCUCGUGUUACAAACUUGUCAGAUACAGUAGUUGGUCUGGAAUCAUUCAUUGGUUCUGAGAGAGAAACCAACCCAUUAUAUAAGGAUUAUCAUGGUUUGAUUCAUAUUCGGCAGAUUCCUCGGCUUAAUAACUUGAUUUAUGAUGUAUCCGAUGUCAAAGACUUAGCUUUUAAAUUAAAAAGGAAGCUAUUCACCAUUGAGCGACUGCAUUUGCCUCCAGACUUGUCAGACACAGUGAGCCGCUCAAGCAAACAGGAUCUGGCAGAAUCCUCCAAGCUGCUGGGCCCAGGCUGUGGCAUGAUGGCCGGAGGCAAGCAGCACCUGGACUUCUAGCGGUUCCUCCUUAGUCGUUGCAUGCAGAAUUAUAUGACACCCUAAUUAUGAUUGCUAAUAGCUUCUGUAAAUAUUUUUCUUAACAAUUUGACCCUCCAAUCCUUGAAGAACAGUUAGGAUUGCAAAAUGAGGCCACCGCUCUUCAUUUUCCUUACCCAACUUUUUAUGCAGAAAGAGUACAGCAAAACUACUUUCAUUUUAAAAUUUUGUUUUCUGCUUUAUUUAGAGAAAGCAGGUAAUUUUAUUUUUGAAUAAAAUGUCAGAAACUCAAAGUGCCUCACAAUGGUCAUUAGUAUACCUAUAUUAAGGCACUUAGUCCAUGUUAAGUGCAUAUUACAGCAGGUAGCAUAUAAAACAGUAUAAAAUUCAUAAUUGCAUAUGAAAAACAUUUUCUCUUUAUUUCUGAAAAAGUCACUUGCCACCAAAAAAUGCUAAGAUGUUUUUUAAAAAUGAAAAAUUCAUUUGCUAAUAUAUGUGAAGAC